AUGAGCAAUCAAAAUGCUGCUCGAUUUUUUGAUACAUCUGGUUGUUUAAAUUUAUCUCGACCAACAAGUGGUACACGAAUUACAUCAUCAGCUAAACAAUAUAAACGACCUUCUACAAGUUCAGGGUUAAUACGAGGUCAAAUUAAAAUUGAUUUAUAUAAUUUUGAUCAUAUUGAUUUUGCUGAUUCAAAAUAUGUUUUAACAAGUCCUCGUUCACUCGAAGCUUGUGCUCGUCUCAAUCUUAAGCCUGCUACAUUACUUCCAAAAAAAUUAGCUGAUCUUACAUCGGACAAAGUACGAUUUUCUACCUUAGUUGAUGUUCAUGAUGAAAUGGAAAUCGAUCGAUUAGCAAAUUUACAACGUUGUCGUGAUGAACGUGAAAAAAUUAUUCGAGAAGAAACAUUUCCAAAAUCAUUAUCAACUAAAUUAGUCGAUUCAAAAACAAAAUUAAAUCCAUCCAAGUCACAUCUUCAUGAUCAUGUUGAAUCACGUUUACCACCAAGACCUCCGUCUUCUUCUCGUUUAACUACAACAAAUUUAAUUUGGAAAACACCUGACGAUCGAAACGAAUUACGAAUAUCAGCAUCAGCUAAUUUCUUAGAUGAUGUUCGUCGAAUGGAUAAAAGUCUUCAACGUAAGGGCACAUCAGAUCCAAAUAAAAAUGAUCAAUAUGUAAACGGACUUGAAAAUGUCAAACAAAUACUUGAACAACGUGUAAUACGAACAACAUCAGAUAAUGAACUUGAUAGUUUAACAUUUGAAAAGAAACAACAUGAGCUUUUACUUUCACACUAUGAUCAUGAAUUAAAAAUACAAAAAGCAAGAGAAAAUGCACGUCGAGCAGAAAAAGAAAAAGAAACUGAACGUUAUGAUUCAUUAAUGCAUGAAUUUGUAGAUCAGACGAUGGCUGAAGAACGUCGACAAAAUGAACUUCGUCGAAAACUUGAUAGACUUCAUCAUUCACGGCAUCUUUACGAAGCAUUACAAGCAAAAAAUCAUGAAAUACAAAAUGCAGAUACACAAAAACGUCGUGCAGAAUUACUCAAUGAAAUCAAACGAAAAGAUCGUCGAACACAACAUUUUGUUAAAGAUAAACAAGAUACUGUUAAUUUAUGUCGAACAAUAGCAAAAUCAUCUCAAGAUACUCGUCAAUAUAUACGAGAAACGAAAGAAAAUUUUGAUGAAAAAGCUAAGAAAGCUUCAUUAACAAGUGCUAUUUUGGUAACAAAACCAAAAAUACCUGUUGAUCGACGUCAUUUGCAAUCGUCACUUCGAACAUAA